CCGCGGGACGUCAUGGCUGACUGUGUAGCGUAGUUACUCGCCCUGCCUGGCUGAUGUAUGAAUGACCUGCAAAGGGCGUUGCUCUUAGGCGGUGGCACAACCCCCUCCUUAAGCGCGGGAACUAACAAUCCGCACACACGUUGUGUAAUAUUUGUUGUUUUUGGCAAUGCCAAGUGUCUGCACCGAAACAUGUGGGCGAGGGGGAGAAAAAUCGGCAAGGACGCGCUAGUUUCCGCAAGGUACCGAGUUUAAAGGGCCGCUUAAUUGUUUUUCUACAAAUUGUGCUAAUUGAAAAUGAAAGUGCGUAGUAACAAUUACAUAGUAGUGCCAGAACAUUAUUGCGUAUUUAUCAAUCUGUACUGUUUUGUGUACAUGCGUGACGCUUCGUAGCCACAGCCUUGUUAUCGAAUACUAUACGCUAACGCUUGCGCAGUUCUUGUUUACAACCGCUCGUAGCCGCAGUUGUACGAUCUAAUUGAGUAACGCGUGUUAUCGAAUUCCGUUGAAAUUUUAAUGGAACAGACGAAGACGCAUUGAUGUAUUGAUGUCUUUCGCCAGACACAAACAGUCGCAGACGUCUACUAACACAUGACCGACCUCGGCAAGAUGGAUGAAAAGAGUAGUAUAGCGUGUGCUUCGGACGAGGUGGUGUAAACAGUAUACAACUCGUUGCGAGAGUUCCGUCGUAGUGCAUAUUUAUGUCGCAAUCUCUGGCGCAUACCGCGAAGUGAACUCGUUGUUUAGGUAGCGGCCACGGAAUGUUUGUCUGUCUGAGGUAGUGCGUGUCUGGAGCUAUUUACAGACGUUCUGGUUUCGAAUAUCGGCUCUUCCAUGUCCAGUCUGUUCGCAUCGCGGCAGGAAACGUUACCUUUCAUUGACCUGGAAUGUUGACGUGUUUUCGUGUUUGAGUAUUGCGCACGAAGAAUUUCUGUGUUCUUCCAGCAGCAGUAACAGCAGGAUAUCAAGUGCGCGCAUGGUGACGUGAUAGUGACAAUUUCGUAUCAAUUGUUCUGUUGUUGCGACGUAAUUUCAGUGAUCGAUGUAAGGGAGGAGGGCGCAAAACCAUGUCCGUGAAAAGCUCAAACUCCAACCCCGGUAGUGCGACCGUUGUACGCGCGGGUUAUCUAAAAAAGCUUAAAACCUUCAAAAAGAAAUAUUUUGUACUGCGCGCCGAAGGACCUGAAUCGUCCGCCCGCUUGGAGUACUACGAUUCGGAAAAAAAAUUCAAUAACGGCCUCCCGCCGAAACGCUCCAUUCCACUUAAGACUUGCUUCAAUAUCAACAAGCGAGUCGACACCAAACACAAACACGUGAUCGCCCUUUACACCAAGGAUGAUUGUUUCUGCUUGGUCCUGGAAUCCGAAGAUGAGCUCGAGGCAUGGCUGAAGGCCCUGUUGUCUUUGCAGCAUGGGGAGGAGGCAGCGGACGGCGAGACGCCUCGACCCACGUUUGGUAAGCGUCUCCGUCGUAUAUCAUCGUCAAGGUCGGACAGAAAUACUCACUCUAUGGCGCAAGCCAUGCGUACUUUUAAAGCGUCAACUACAUGUUUUCACAAAACAAUAUUUGGGAAACUCUGUUUUCUUUCCGCCGUCCUUGAUUGCGCGCAAUUUUUGCGUGCCCACCCACGCACCUCGUUUGGGCAAUCCAAUUAGAAGUAAAAAAAACAAAAGGUAGUUAAAGGUGGCGCAAUACGACACGAUUACGAAACGUCUCACGGCCAGCGCAUGAAAAAAUACAGGUCAAAAUCUUAAUUAAUCGCAAAUAUGUACCUAACAAUCAAUUGCGUAGAGGCCAUAAACAACAAACAGCGGUAAUGACAUUUCGUUUGUAAACAAAUGACGGUGCCAUCAUAGUCUACUACUACGCUUUUGAUUUAAUAAUGCCUUACAAUAUAAUUAGGCCGUUUUACUACGUUUCUUUCAUAAAUUGCGUCGUAGCUUUUAUUUCAUUUUUAAUCGUUAAUCGUUUUAUUUGCCACUACAUUACGUGUUAAAUUGCACUAAAAUUAACAAUGGCUCUCUGAUAAGAUUGGUUUCAAAAUAGACAUGGGCGUCUCGUGAGAGAACCGCCGCUUCUUUGGCAAUUAUAAUUGCGGACCGCACAAUCAAUUUGUUUACCGAAUUGAAUAAAUGCGGGGGUAGUGGAAACCAACCCAUUUGAUUGUAUGCCGCCCCUUGAAACGUGGGGAUGGUUACACUAAUUAACUGGAUCUCAUUAUCACAUUGUUUUAUUUCACGUUUUGAUUUCUUCUUCUUCUCUAAUUGCAUGUUCAUAUUGAUUGUAAUUAAAAAGGAGGCUCUUCUUUAUUUUUUUCUUGUUUCCGUCGUAGUGCCUUGCCGGUAUCGUUUCU